CGCGCGGGUUCGACGGCGGGGCCAUGGCAGCCCUCAACGGCGCUGUGGAGAACGGGCAGCCCGACAAGAAAGUGCCUCCGCUGCCGCGGCCCCUGCGCAGCCUGGAGGUGAAGUACACCAAGAUAUUUAUUAACAACGAAUGGCACGAGUCUACAAGUGGAAAGAAGUUCCCCACCUACAACCCUUCAACUCUGGAGAAAAUCUGUGACAUUGAGGAAGGAGAUAAGCCUGAUGUGGAUAAUGCAGUGGAGGCAGCGAAGGCAGCGUUCCAGAGGGGCUCUCCAUGGAGACAGAUGGAUGCCCCAAGCAGAGGACGACUCCUGCACAAGCUGGCUGAUCUCCUGGAGAGGGACAGAGUCAUCCUGGCAACUCUGGAAACAAUGGACACAGGAAAACCUUUCCUGCAGGCUUAUUUCAUUGACCUGGAAGGCUGCAUCAAAACCCUGCGGUACUAUGCUGGAUGGGCUGAUAAAAUUCAGGGCAGAACUAUUCCAGUGGAUGAGAAUUUUGUCUGUUUCACCCGGCACGAGCCCAUGGGUGUCUGUGGAGCCAUAACCCCAUGGAACUUCCCCCUGCUGAUGCUGGUCUGGAAGAUGGCACCAGCUCUGUGCUGUGGGAACACCCUGGUGGUGAAGCCAGCUGAACAAACUCCGCUCACGGCGCUCUACAUUGGCUCUCUGAUCAAGGAGGUGGGUUUCCCUCCAGGUGUGGUGAACAUUGUGCCAGGCUAUGGCCCCACAGCUGGAGCUGCAAUUUCUACCCAUGACAGCAUUGAUAAAAUUGCUUUUACUGGAUCAACCAAGGUUGGCAAACUGAUCAAAGAAGCUGCUUCUAAGAGCAACCUCAAAAGGGUGACGCUGGAGCUGGGAGGGAAGAACCCCUGCAUUGUGUGUGCAGAUGCAGACUUGGACUUGGCAGUGGAAUGUGCCCACCAAGGCGUGUUCUUCAACCAGGGGCAGUGCUGCACGGCCGCCUCCCGCGUCUUCGUGGAGGAGCAGAUCUACCCCGAGUUCGUCAAGCGCAGCGUGGAGUUUGCCAAGAAGAGACUGGUUGGGGACCCCUUUGAUGCCAGAACUGAACAAGGGCCCCAGAUUGACCAAAAACAGUUUGAUAAAAUCCUGGAGCUGAUAGAAAGUGGGAAGAAAGAAGGGGCUAAGCUGGAGUGUGGAGGUCUUGCCAUCGAAGACAGAGGCCUGUUUAUAAAACCUACAGUGUUUUCAGAGGUCACUGACAACAUGAGAAUUGCCAAAGAGGAGAUUUUUGGGCCAGUUCAGCCAAUUAUGAAGUUCAAGAGUAUAGAAGAGGUGAUUAGAAGAGCCAACAGCACUGAGUACGGACUCACAGCUGCAGUGUUCACCAAGAACCUGGACAGAGCUUUAACCCUGGCUUCAGCUCUGCAGUCAGGAACAGUCUGGAUCAACUGUUACAAUGCGCUCUAUGCUCAGGCUCCUUUUGGUGGCUUUAAAAUGUCAGGCAAUGGCAGAGAACUUGGGGAGUAUGCUUUGGCAGAAUACACCGAGGUGAAAACAGUCACCAUCAAACUGUCCCAGAAGAGUCCAUGAGAGCAGGAGGCCUGCAAUGCUGACACUCUGAAUGUGACACCUGGGGGACGUGUUCAGAGCAAGGGGGAGGGGAGGGGUGGGAAGGAACAUGCAAACACCUGUCUUUAUUCCUCUAGAAACACUGAAUCUGCUGGGCUCUGUUUUGCCAACUGGCUCUUCAAAAACUGAUUCACUGACCCUACUGGCAGUACACACUUGUACUGCACAAGUCCCUGGCUGUACAUCUGCCUGCUCCCUGUGACUCAAAACUGGUCAGUCACAGUGUUGGCAGGACAUCUGCUUCCCAGCUGUACCCCUGAAGGACAUGGACAUCACUGGCAUGCUAGAGAGACUGCUGGUGCCAUCACAGGUACUGGCAAAAACCUUCAGAGGCACUUGGGUUUCCCUUGGCAGAGAUGGACUCGAAUGGUAAGGAAGGGUUAGAACAGCUUGACUGGAGUUGGUGGAGUUUGUGUGAAGAUUGCAGCUGGAGGUUGGAAUGGGAGUGCAAGCUUUCAUGGAAGGAUCUGUAAGGAAAUUCUCUUUGAAAGAGCUACCAUGGUUUCUCUAAAGAUAUGUGCAUUCUCCAUCCUGGUGAUAUUCUAGCCCUGAAUGAGAUUUGUGGGAGUUUCCUGGAGGACUCCUUUGGGGCCACUAUGUCACCCAACAGAGCCAGACUUUCAAGUGUCCUUGGAACCUGAUGUUUGGGUGUGCACACACUACACAUGCUGCAAAUGCAAGUUCCUGACUUGCUGACCCCUCUGGCUCCCAGUGAGUCACAGUUGUAUCUCAAACCUUCACUACAGCACUUUUCUCAAGAGGAUUUUGCACUGCACUUACCGUGGUGACACCGAGUUGGAUGCUGAGCAUGUAGCAUGGUAGAUACCCCACAGAAAACACCCCAUACCAGUCCUGAUCUGGGGGAGGGAGCAGAAGAGCUGCAGGAAACUGCCCUGCACCCUCUUUCUCUGCAACUUUCAGGCUUUUUGAACAUCUCUUUGCUUUUUGAGCCAGACCUAUUACUUUGAGAGUAAAACUUAGCUCUUCACGCUGCUUCUUUAUCCUGUAUGAAUGUAGCUUAAAAUACAUUCCUGGAAGUGCAGUGUGGAAAGGCAGGUGCUCCCAAGCACACCUUGAGUGCUGAAGAGAAGGGUGUACAAGCCAGUUACCAUGGAAUAAGCUGUGGCUGGACUUGAGUCUGUCAGCAGCUUCACAGCCAUUGUCCCUGUGAGUGCUGUCAUCCCAUGGCCAGCACAGAGUAGCUGAUCCUUCACUGAGAACACUGCCUUGGAUUGUCCCUUGGAGUGGCUGUCACAGCCAGCUCAUGCCUUAGCACCUCCUGCAGUAACUCCUUUGCAUGCCCAGACAUUAUUAUGAGAUUAAUUACCAUGAGAUGAAUGACAAGCCACAGGCUAUCUUCAGUUCCUGGCUCACUGCUUUCCCUCCUCCUGACUCUGCUGGAGAACCCUGGCAAAGGCACAGCCUUGUCUGCAGGAGUUAGUGGUGACAGCUUGUUAGGAAGUUCAGCUGAUCCCUCUGGGAUUGUCCUCUGAGAACAAACCCACCUUAUGGCUUAUCAGCAGAUCCCCAGGGAGCACUGAUAAGGAUUGCUGCUCCAGGUGUCAGAGCUUGAAGCAGAAAUGCAGGUCUAACCUCUCUUCUCUGCUGCAAGCCAGGAUUUAGCCAGCACCUUCCUUUGCUCACAGAUAGGCUCAGACAGCAGCAAAUUCUGUUGCAUGAGUGGAGCUUUUUUUGGAGGAGGAAGGAAGGUGGGUGGUGAUAAGUAAGGAAAAAAGUUUGCAUGAGCCUAAACUUCCUUAUUAGUUGGUGAAUGUUGAAAUUGCACUUCAACAUCACUUCAGUUGUGAUGUGACAUACCUCCCACAGGAUAACCAGGAGCCUGUGCUCCCACGGGGUGUGAGGCAGGUAAAUCUCCCCAUCCAGUGAUGAAAAUGUCCUCCCUUCCCCAUGAAAGACCAAAUGGGAUCAUUGUAAAUAAUUUCUAUUUUUGUAAGACACAUAGGAGUGCAAACAUCUUCUCAGACAAACAUUUUACUCUUGCCCACCUGAGGGUUUCCUUGGGCUGCAGAGAGGUGAGGCAAACAGUAAAAGGCUGUUUAUCUUGAUGUGUCUCUGUAUUUUUGAUAAACAGUGGUGGAAACUGAAAUAAUCUGAAAUUCUUAAAACCCUACUCUUCUGGCUUUAUAUGUAUGAUAUAUAUUUCACUUUUUUCCCCCUUAUCAAGUUUUUUAAAAGUCAAUGUAUCUCUUAUUGUAUAAAUCAGGGUUUGACUCUACACACUGAAUUUUGUAAGUUAUAUAACACUAGACACUAACUUUAAAAUAACCCCUUAGAGGGUAUAUAUAUUCCUCCAUUGCACAGUAAGGCUUUCAUAUGAAUAC